AUGGAAGAUGCCCACGCUGCCGUCCUAGAUUUCCAAGCAAAACAAUCCGGUUCUAACGACCAACCGACCGAUCCUGAUAAACGCCUUGCUUUCUUCGGUGUAUACGAUGGCCAUGGUGGAGAUAAAGUCGCUUUGUUUGCGGGGGAUAAUGUCCACAAAAUUGUCGCGAAACAGGAGACGUUCUCAAAAGGCGAUAUCGAACAGGCCUUAAAGGAUGGAUUCCUUGCUACUGAUCGGGCUAUUCUGGAAGAUCCCAAAUAUGAGGAGGAAGUUUCCGGCUGCACUGCCGCCGUCAGUGUCAUCUCGAAGAACAAGAUCUGGGUGGCAAAUGCCGGUGAUUCGCGUUCGGUCUUGGGUGUCAAGGGUCGCGCAAAGCCUCUUUCCUUUGAUCACAAACCGCAGAAUGAAGGCGAGAAAGCCCGCAUCAGCGCUGCAGGUGGUUUUGUUGACUUCGGUCGCGUUAACGGCAACCUCGCCCUGUCGCGUGCCAUUGGGGAUUUCGAGUUCAAGAAGAGUCCUGAACUCUCCCCAGAACAGCAGAUCGUCACUGCGUAUCCAGACGUCACAGUCCACGAUGUCACCGAGGACGAUGAAUUCUUAGUAAUUGCUUGUGACGGUAUCUGGGAUUGCCAGUCUUCCCAAGCUGUGGUUGAAUUUGUUCGCCGUGGUAUCGCGGCCAAGCAGGACCUCUACCGUAUCUGUGAAAACAUGAUGGACAACUGUCUCGCUUCCAACAGCGAAACUGGCGGAGUUGGCUGUGACAACAUGACGAUGGUCAUUAUAGGUCUCCUUCACGGAAAAACCAAGGAAGAGUGGUAUAAUCAGAUCGCGGAGCGGGUUGCGAACGGCGAUGGCCCUUCUGAAUUCCGUGGCCCUGGCAUUCGUAACCAAUUUGAAGAGAACCCAGACGACUACGAGAUCGACCACGAUCGAAGCCGCCCAUUCAACGUGCGUUCUGGUAGAAUAAUUCUUUUGGGAGAUGGCAGCACGUUAAUUCCAGAAAAACAGAAUGACGAGGAACUUUUUGACCACACCGAGGAGGAUCAGGACGUCCCAACCCAAGCUCAAGGCCAGGAGCCUGAUAAAGAAAGGAAUGACCGUGAAGGGACGCCUGGACCUCAACCCACCACCUCCCAGCCGGACGCAUCCGCUUCGAAUGGCUCAGAGCCCUCUGGAACACCCCAGAAACCCGCAUCUUCGUAG